CAGAACAAAUUAACAAACGAAGAAAAUUAAUUCUUCCUGCACCACAAGUUGGAGAAACCGAACUUGAAGAGAUUGUAAAAAUUGGGUUUGCUGGACAAAACGUUAAAGCAGUUGUAGGAGAAUCGGAUAAGGUUUCUUCUCUUACAGACUACACUCCUUCUAGCACUAGUCUACCAUUAAGAACACCAAGAACACCAAGAACGGUAGUAGGUUCAACACAAACACCAAGGACGCCAGGAACUCUUCUUUCGCUAAGGACACCAAGAACUCCAGCUGCUGUUGACACUGCGACUAUUAAACAACUUAGAGCAGGAUUGUUAAAUUUGCCUGCACCAAAAAAUGAUUUUGAAAUCGUUUUACCUGACGUCGAAGGGAAAGAAGAACCCAAAGAUGAUACCGAAGGAAUAGAAGAAGAUGCUAGUGAUAGAGAUAAAAAAUUGAAGGCUCAACAAGAAGAAGAAGAAAUGGCCCGUCUUAGGUGCAGGUCUCAAGCUGUACAGCGCGACCUUCCUCGACCUGUUAACAUCAAUUCAGAUAUUGAUUCAUUCGAAGAAGCUUCUGAUGGUGACUCUGAAAUCCAAAAGCUCAUUGAUAUUGAGAUGGUCACGCUGUUACGACGUGAUGCGGUAAUGCAUCCAGUUCAUGGAAGUAAACCUGCAAACUUGGAUUUAGAAUCAUUUGAAGAAUUUCCUGAUGAAUUGAUUGAUCAGGUGAAGAAAGAAAUAGAUUUAGAACUUACAAAAGUUACCAAUGAACUUUCCAACGAAGAUUUUGAUGAAGCAUGGAGCCAAAUUCAUGAUACACCCGUAACAACCCAAUUUCACAGUCAACUAGAAGCUAAUCGUAAUUUUAUGAUUAAAGAAGCCACAAAGGCUACUAAGUUAGAGAAAAAAUUAAAUGUUAUAUUGGGCGGUUAUGCUGCCCGAUCUCAAGCUCUUUCAAAGAAUGUUUCUGAGACAUUUGAUGAAAUUGAACAAGCAAAAAUAGAACUUGACUCUUUUCAAUCUUUAAGUAUUUCGGAACGGGAAGCGAUACCGAAACGUAUUCAGUCCCUCCAAAAUGACGUUGACUAUCUUAUAAAACGUGAAUCUGAACUUCAGCAACGUUAUUCAAAUCUUUCAAAUGAAAGGCAGGAAAUUCUAGAACGAAUCAAUGCAUUGCAGUA